CAAUAUUUCGUACGUAUUCACGUACAUUUUUUCCAAACAUUUUGCAUGUUGUGUUGGCCCCACAGCCUGGGUCUGCGGUGGUGGCCCGGGCCGCCAUGCUGCUGGAGGUGGCCCACCUGGUGCACCGCUGCAACAGGGGCCAGUGGCCCACAUGGAUGCGCCUCCCCACGGUCCCGAGGCCGGCCAUGGCCCGUGGCCCGCGCAGGGCGGGCCAUCUUCUUCAACGGGACGCUGCGGCCAAGUUCCACGCCUGGGCUGAGGCCCUGGGGGCGCGGCUGGAGGAGCUGGUGGGCGCUGGCCCGACGCCCGAGGAGCUCGUAGCGCCCGUCACCGACGCCGACGCCCGACGUGCGCUGCGUCAGGCUGACGAGGAGGAAGACUUCCUCGACGAAGGCUGGCCUCCGCAGUCCGGCGGUUUGGGGGUCCGAGAAAACACAGGCAGGCGGUGCUCGAUAGCGCUGUCCGCGUCCGGUCUUCCGCACGCGUCCGCACAGUCUCUGCACAGCAUCGCGGAUGCGCAUACACAAGGCUACACGUCAGAGCGCUCUAAGCACUACCAAUACUAUGGCACUGAGAAAAAUGGUAUUCGGUUACACAGGACUCUCAAGUACAAACAGCUCGACACGAGCACUCACUGUUGGGAGGACGAGAGGCGACGAGCAGGAGGCCAGGCGGCCGUACGCGCGGCCAACCUCUACGGCAAGAAGUCCUCCAGAGAUCCUAACUCUUCCUUCAAGCGCCGCUCCUUCAAACUCAAGAGGAAGGCAAAGGAACCUGACACUGACUCUAUGAAGCGGUCAGACAGCAUCCGGUCGCGUCGGAAGGUGUCGGCGGUGUCGGAGAGGUCCGACACGUCGGAGCAGGAGAUAGGGGAUGGGUCGGGGGGAGAGGAGUCCCCGGGACCUCUGAGCACCGACGACCUGCCGGACAGUCCCCUUCAGGAGGGAGAGGAGCAGCGCCUGAUGACGCACAUGCCGUGGCUGAGGCCCGUGAUCCGCCUGGCCUCUUCGUUCAACAUGAUCUGUCCUCACCAGGGCUUCUGCCACCCCUACUGCUACCGCCGCCACAUGCGCGCCUCCAGGAGGCUCCUACACGCCGUCAGGAAGAUGUACGGUGACGAACAAGAAACGAUGAAGGGUGAUGUGACCGUGAGCCGAGCAUCAGGCCACCACGGUGGCAGGACGGGCCAUCAUCACGGCAAGAAGGACAAGAAGCACCGCAAGAGCCUCGAGCACGGCGGAGGACACGCCUCCCCCAUCAAGAGGAAGGAUAGCUUCCCCAGGAGGGAUAAGAUUGAGAAGCCUGCGGACCUGUCGGCGGUGCUGACGCGGCUGGGCCACCACCAAGGCUCGUCCAUGCACCUCUCGAAGGACACGCUCGCUACUGACGGAGGCCACCACGUGGACGGCGGCCACGAGAAGAAGGACGGAGACGAGAAGCACCCGCCGCCUCCCGUCGUCAAGUAUAUCAAACAGCAGGUGGGUCAGGGACCUGAGCAGCAGGUGGGUCAGGGACCUGAGCAGCAGGUGGGUCAGGGACCCGAGCAGCAGGUGGGUCAGGGCCCUGAGCAGCAGGUGGGUCAGGGCCCUGAGCAGCAGGUGGGUCAGGGACCUGAGCAGCAAGUGAGUCAGGGACCUGAGCAGCAGGUGGGUCAGGGACCUGAGCAGCAGGUGGGUCAGGGACCUGAGCAGCAGGUGAGUCAGGGACCUGAGCAGCAGGUGGGUCAGGGCCCUGAGCAGCAGGUGGCGGCGACGGCGGGUGUGGUGUUCAUCGUGGCGGGGGUGCGGGUGCCACAGUUCACGUCUGACGUCAUCAGCAGGGAACUCACCCACUCUGAUCCUUCAGUGCGUCUCAACGCCAUCCUCAGGUUCCAGACCCUCUGGAGGUCGAGGCACCAGGCGUGGCCCCGCAUGGAGGAGGGGGGACAGCUCACAUUCAAGGUGCCCCCCCACGGCAUCGAGUUCACCCUGCCCUCCCCCAAGGUGGGGGUUGAGUCCCUACACGUCGUUGACCCCCCGUGGAUGCCGCUCAUCAAGAUGAAUCUUGAGGAAGUCACGCUCAGCCAAAUUCAACACUUCGGCAACUCCGCGCCUGAGGUGAACUGCUAUUUUGAUAAAGAGAAGGAAGGUGAGAAGGGCGAGAGCAAGGCUGCUGAAGGCACGAGUCUUCGUCCCUUGGUCGCCCCGCCCGUGACGAUAGCGCAGCAGCUGUUUCCUUCGUCGCUGUGCUCCACCGUCCUGACCAUCAUCCACCUCCUCGACGACCCUGCGGUCACUCCUGACGGUGUCGCCGUCUACCAGGUCGCCCACCAGGUCAUCUGGCUCUGCCUCGUAGAGGACUCGGCUCUUUUCCUGCGAUUUUUCUUAGAGAAGCUGACGCGGGAGCGGCAGGAUGUUAUGGUUCGGUUGUUGCGUCGUCUGGUUCGCUUCAUCACACAUCUGCCCUCACAAGCGGCAUUCGCCCUCUACAACUACAUGGUGGGCUACGUCAUGUUCUACGUACGCGCUCCCGGGGACACGUCACAUCAACACAUCGCUGCUGCCCACGCCAUCCUCUGGAACGUGGUGCCGAGCAUGCAAGGCAUCCUCUUCAAGGACCUGAAGCAGAUCUUCCGUAAGGAACAGUGCGACUCCUUCCUUCUGCUCACCGCUAACGUCCCGUCAGCCAAGAAGAUCAUCGUCCACGGGCCCGGGGGCGCUGAUGCUGGGGGUAUACCAUCGCAGUUCCCCAUCCAGGAGGACACUCAGUUCUUCCAAAUCCUGCAGGAAGCUCUAGACUUCUUCGGCAUCCCUGAACAGGACCACAACUCCUACUUCCUCUUCGACCACAAGACAAACCAGAUGCACAACCCGCAGUCGUUCGUGCGGGACUUCUACUUCUUCAAGCGUGCGCAGUACCCUCAGCUGGUGAUGGUGCACAUGGAGCCUGGCGCUGCGCACGAGGCGCUGCAGAUGCAGGCCUUCACGCACAAACUCAUCGAGAUCGGCAAGGUGCUCAUGGCGUGGGCGGUCAUGCGCCAAGAUAAGCUUGGGCGGUCAUGCGCCAAGAUAAGGUAUCUUAUGGACGCUGUCAUCUCUGACAGGUAUCUUAUGGACGCUGUCAUCUCUGACAGGUAUCUUAUGGACGCUGUCAUCUCUGACAGGUAUCUUAUGGACGCUGUCAUCUCUGACAAGUAUCUUAUGGACGCUGUCAUCUCUGACAGAUACCUGCUGGUGAUGCCGACGCUGCUGCGCGUCUACAGCAACUACAGCAGCAACAAGAUGGUCACGUCAGCCGUGGAGUUUGGAGUGAAGCAGCUCUACAUCCUCCACCGCAAGCCCUUUGUGCUCCAGAUGCUCGGCUCCGUGGCCUCCAUACUGGACUCCGACGAGCACGCGACUUAUGGCGAUGCUAAUAAGGUACAACCUCGUCGCUUGUUCGACCUGCUGGUGUCGAUGGAGCGUCUACACGAAGACCCUUUGUACAUCCUGGACCUGGUGACACUCGACAAGCCCUUGAGGGCCCUGGACUUCUGCUAUCACGACGAGUCGGACAACCUUCCCUUGCUGGAGACUCUGGACAUGUGCGUUACGGUCGUGGCCUUCUCAGCGGACAGCAAGCGUGGCCACCAAAUGUUGACCAUCUUGGACGCGAUCUUGAGCAUGAUCAUGCAGCACAUCAGGAAGGUCAAGUCCUCCAGCAGGGAUGGUCGGCAGGAGCGGGAGAUUAUCCAUCACAUUGCCGUGUCCAUCAAAACGAUGAUCAUUAACUGUGAGCCCUUGGCUAAGAACUACACCGGGCCUCAACGGGCCACGGGGGAAGGGAAGGGGUCUAGCAGGGUUAACUAUGGCAGGUCUUCCAGGGUGCACGGUCCACCCAUCGAACCUGACGACGACAGCCACUCCCGCUACUACAGCGACUCCCGCCGCUACCAGAACUACGAGCGCGACGUCGAGGACUCGGAAGCGCUGCGCGCGGAGUUCCGGCGUCCGCGCGACACGCUCUUGCACGUCGUCGCCGAGUUCCUGACGAAGGCGUCGACGCGCCUCGCUGAGAUCAACCGCCGCGGCCACGACCCCGACCUGAUCUUUACCCAAUGUACCCAGCGUCUGGCGGAGGUGGCGCACACGCUGCUGAAGGUGGCGCCGUACGACGCGUCGACGAUGGGGUGCCGGGGGCUGGUGCGCUACAUGAACGAGAUCCUGCCGUAUCCUGACUGGUGCAGGGAGGAUCUCAGGCCCGCACUCAUCAACAUCCUGCGCAGGCUCGACAAAAUGUUCAACAAGAUCGCUAAAAAUUCCUCAAUCAAAAGCUUGGUACUGGGGGAGAAGCUGGGUGAGAGCGAGGGUGGGGGAGGCGUGUUGGGUGUUGCGAGCAGCGUUGGGGGAGCGUUUGGGACUGGGGGAGGAGGAGGGGGAGCAGCUGCUCUGGGGACUCUAACUCCCCCACAGCACUUCUGCUCCAUGGUCGUCAAAACCAUCGCGCUCCAUAUCCACGCCAUGGGGGUGAGCUACUCGCUGGAGCAGGCGUGCGGUGGGUCGACCGUCUUGCCCACCCAGGAGCGGGCUGAGAACCUCAUCAUGAACCUCUUACUGCCGCUGUGUCUGCGAGUGGGCUGCGGCAGGAAAGACGUGCCCAAGCUGCGCCCCGUAGACCUGAGCUACGCUCUCUCCGUGCUGCUGUUUGCCAUCAACCCUCCCCUCGCAAAAGUGGGAGGAGGUCCCCACCCCGGUCCUGGGGGAGCUAGCAGUGCUGGGGGAAAGUCAGGACUCGGGGGAGGUGCGGGAGGGACCAUGUCUGGGGACCAGAGGACCACGUCCUGGUCCCAGAUUGACUCACGGGGGGCCAUUUACCCCAAGCUGCGCCCCACGCUACUCCGGGCCGCCUUCCUGGGUCUGAAGGUGAUGUUGGUCUGCUUCGAGAAACAGCUCUCGAACGACUGGCUGCGCAUCCUGCACUGCCUCAGGGACUUGGACAGUCGGGGACAAGUGGGCCACGCGUUCUGGGACUUCCUGGACUUCACAGCGACCUACCGCACGCCUCUGUUCCUCCUCAUGCGCCCCUUCAUCCUCCACAAGCUGCGUUGCUCCGACGCGACGUCAGAGCACUACAGAGCCCUGGUGCGGGGUCGGCUGCUGGGCCUGACCCUGCCCAGACCGCGGUCCAGGGGCUCCCUGCUGCUGGACCUCGCGCGCCAGGUCAAGUGCCUGAAGGAAGAGCUAUCUUCCUCCAGGCUUAUGGGUGAGAUGGAGGCGCGGCCGUCGACGCUGGAGGUGCAGAGCGAGGUGUCCAGCGGGCGCCCCAAGAAGGGGGCCAGGCCCCCGGGACCUGACGCUCCCCCCAAGCCCUCAUCCUCCCCACCACCGCGCCAGAGGAGAGGCUCGGUCAGGUUCGGCCGAGCAGGCGCCCUGCCCUCGGCCGCGGAGGCGCCGGGCGACCGCCUGCAGCGUAACAAAGGAGCUUUUCUCUUACGUAAACGUGCGUCGUCUGCUAAUCUGAUGGCGAGUGCUGCAGCUGUAGCACCUACACCAGCUGCUCUUAAAGCCGAUCAAAAGCAGCUGACGGCUGCUGCCUCAUUCUUGCAGGAGGAAGGUGAACCCGGGAGCUUUUCUAGCCCAAGCAGCCCCCCUCGCGAGUCGGGGUCUGGCGGGGGGGCGGAGGAGUGUGCGGUCGGAGGUGGUGACCGCAGCACCAGCGGCGCGCUCGCCAACAAACACCGCCUGCAGCGGCAGAUGGCGCAGAGCAGGAAGACCUUCAGACUGCGUCGCAGCAAGCGGGGUCAUGGCGAGAGUCACGGCUCUGAAACUUCCGACAUGGAGGCGAGCGAGACCAGCCUCGCCAGCGGGGGGGAAAAAGGCCACACUUCCCCAAAAUCCGCCAACGGGUCCACGCCCUCGGCAGAGCCUCAGGAAGGGAAAGCCACGGCUGCUCCUGGUGAAACAGCGUCAGCUUCCCCAGGGGCGGCAGGUGGGAACGGGGGUUCCUCGAGCUCGGGCCCCUCGACCGGCAGCGUGAGAGCCCCACGGUGCGGGAGCCCCAGGGGCGACGCCCCCAAGCGCCCGAGCGUCGGCAGCCUCGUCGGGCCCGCGGCCCUGCCCCCCGGCAAAGAGAUGACCGCGCCCCUCCUCAAGAAGGAGAGAACUCCUCUCUUCCUGCCCGGCAGUGGCAGGGGCAAAGUUGCUACUGGGGCUGUGGGGGGCGACGCAGGAGUUGGCGCAGGUGUCCUGGCUGCGCCGCGGAGCACGUGGGGCGACGAGGGGACGUCGCAUCAGGACCUCAGCAAAAUAGAGCUGCAGGUACGCUCGAGCCACACGCGCUACCCUCUCCUGGGUGUGACCACGAGCGGCAUGCGCUCGCCCCCCUCCACCAUCACCCUCACGCGGCCCCUGCAUCCUCGUAAAACCAGCGCCGGGUCGCUGGCCGGCCUCCUGCGCAGCGGCCCGUCCUCCUUCGACGGACACACGGAGGCCGGGCGGGCCGCUGUCCUCAGGGUGGACGACAACCAAUACCUCCUGACUUCCUUCACUGACCUCGACGAGGAGGACACGCUCAUAUAGCGCCCUGGUCUACAUCUUGUGUAAUGACUUAUACCAAAAAUUUUAUGGAAAGUAUACAUUCAUCUACAUAAAAUUGCAUACAUUUCAUGUAUCCGUCUAUUGUGAUACACCAAACAGGGCUAUGAUACAUUAUUUGGUGAGCUGCCAUGCCCCGUUACCUCGAUAAUUAUGAAUGUCUAUGUCGCGGAACUGACAUGGUGAUACCUGAACCAUUAUGAUUGUUGUUGUUAUUCAUGGGUCAAAUUAGUGGCCGACUAUGCUGGCCUGCUAUGAAAUUAUUGAUGAGAUGAAAUGAUAGUCAUGUGGCUGGGAGACGAUUGGCCUCUGAAGGACUCCCGUGCUUACGGUCCAGAAUAGGGAUCUGUUCCAUGGUUUCGCUUCUCAGGCUCCAUCAGAGCUUGCGGACUGUAUUGUGGUGGAGGUCUGAAUCCGCAAUAAUGAUCAAUUAAGAGCGUAUUUGAGACUGCUGAACGUUUUCUAUAGUUUUUUGGGGCUGUUCUUGUACGGGCCAUCGCUCAUUGGAGCACGGCAGGAAAAGAUUAGCGACAGUCCCAGGCGAACAGGUUUUUUAUGUGGAACAGGUCCACUGCGCCGUAAUGAAUGCCAUUGCAGUUAAAUUGAAGGCAGCAGGGUGAAGGGAAGCAACUCAAUAUUGCGCUGAUCCGGGCAGUACUUUUUUAUAGCUUGUGCUUUCAAGCUCUCUUGGCGUGCUUGACGUCUUACUAGCAAUGCUCCGAAUUUUUCGAUCAUGACAUAUAUUUUUGUAAUUAUUCAAACCUACAAAUUUCUGAAGAGAUUUGCACAGAUACUCAACUUAAUCAUACUUCAGAAGAGAGAGGGUCUUUUCUUCUCAAAUCAAACCAUUUAUGUUUUUUAGAAUUACGUAAGAGUUCUAGAGUGGCUUUUAGUCGCUUCAUUCUUUGCCAACGCGUGGUAAUGGUAAGCUUAAGACUCAUAAUUCAAUGUGAUAUGGACGAGUAAUGACGCUACCCUAUAAUUAUUAACCAUGUAAUCCCCAAUAUAUUUUUCUAUGAUCCCCGCAUGUCCUUCCUCAAAAUAACGUUAAAAGCUCUAAGGGACGCCGAGGUCUUCACGUGAAGCAGUAAGCAGACGCUUGUAAAGGGUUUGGGCUUAUCGCACCCGCCGUUUACGAGAGAAAUGAAUUUCUUUGCUUCUAGUAAUAAAAUUUGUUGUAUUAUUUUUUAUAUUUGCUGUUAAAAAUCAUUAUAUGUAAAAGUUUAUCAAGCAUCGAAGAUUAUGUCACGUUUAUUCCCAGUGAACUUUCUUGCCGUGCAUCUUUACUGUCAGAACAAAUUGCCGACAUAACUAAAUACUUCGAUGUUGUAUUGACCAACAAUACAUAAUUUAAAAUAGAUCAUCCUGUAUUCAUCAGCUGAGUAUUUAUAUUUAUUACGCUUCAACGAGAACUGUAUUAUUCGAAAUCGAUCUCUUUGGCCAUUCUUGACAGGUUCACUGAAAUAAUGUCUGCUCGUAGUCAACAAGAAAUUACUGGGUCAAGUUGGACCUAAUUUAAAGUGGGGAAGAAACAUGGGGAUGCAAUUUCAAGACAUUUUCCAUCACGCAUUUAUGCCUAUAAUUAAUAAGUUCUUGCUGUUGGUCUCGUCACUCUAGGUUUAGUGGAUCUACAUGCAGACGACGAACGUGCGACUGAACCCAUUCGUGUUCUCACGCACGAGCCAGUUGUUCGUAUAGCGAUGGUGUAUCUUGAUGUAUUUGAUGUGAUAUUAAACUAUUGUUGUGUUUGCUUGUUGAUGUUGUUGCUUAUUGUUGACGUUGUUGCAGAUCGCUGUCAUCCAAUUUAUAUAACUAUUCUAAUAUGUAUUGAUGUUAUGAUGGAAUAGGUAUUAGUAAUAUCACAGUUCCAGACUUUUAUGAUGUUGCAUUUUCCACCUCGUAAACAAAGACAUUUCAGUGCUCGCUUCAGAUGUGUUACACUUCAGGCACUGGAAUUUACUAUAUUGUUAUUACACUGAAGGGAUCAAUGCGAUCGUUUGUUAGUAAAGAGUAAGUUUGCAUUUAUGAUUACUAGUAUUUUAUGAGUCAUUGACUGGUUAAUAUAACCAUUGCUUCAGUCUUGAACCCGCCGGCGACGUCACUUAGUAGGUCCAUCUUAAGGAAUUUAUUGUGCGUCGAAGAAACGUUGGCAAGGUCUCAAUUAUGUGUCGUAAUUAAACAUAGUAAUUAUGUAGCUAUCGCUUAUGAUUGUUCAAUAAUAUAAUUAGGCCUCGUUGUCACGAUAUUGAAGAAUCUUGAUCGAGGACAUCAAGGUACAAAAUAAAAAUAUUCCUAUUUUGAUUUGAUCCAGCGGGCACAAAGUGCACCGAAAUACGUAAGGUAAAUUUUAUUAAUUUAUAUCUCAAUAUAUAAAUAUCCCUUAAAAUUUAUUAUUAUAUCUCAAUAUAUUUGCUGUAUAUCGAACGAUCUAAUUUUAUAAUGUUAAUAUUUUAAUUUUAUCCAGAAGGCUAGUAAGAUGUUUUAAAUUGAGGGGUUAAAGAAAAAGUCGAACUGUGCUCGCGUCAGUGUAUGCGUAAUUUUGUUCAAAUUUUCCCCUGUGGCGUCCUCUGCUGUGCUCAUAUUUAUUACGAGUAUUGCUGAACAGUAAUAUUAAUCCAACGACCGCACAAAUGUAAUUAGCUUGCCUAUAGAGCCGUGUGCGUCCGGUGCCGCCAUAUCAAAUUUAAAAAACUGAAAUUUCGACGACAAUCAAACGAGUCCGGCCUUUUUGGCUGAAUGUUUAAAACUAUACAUUAUAAAGCGGUUAUUUCUCGUAAUAAUGUACACAAGUAAUGUUUCACAGUAUAGCAUAUGGAAAGGAAAAUUUAAAAUAUUGCAUGAAUACAAUCUUUCGAGCUUCGUUCAUUAUCAUGUUGCGGUAAAUGACCAUUUUUGCUUGUGCGUUGUAAACUUCCUGGGCGACUCAAAUUUAAACUGAAUUUCACGGACAUUUUGAUAAUUAUUUCUUUGCUAUUUACUCUCGCUUGAAAAUUUGCCCCGAUUUAACCAUUCAGAGUGACUGGCGUUUUGUUUAGUUUCUCAUUAUAUCGUGUCAAUGGAAGUUGUAAAGCUCGCUGCGUCUUCAGUUCAUAUGUUAAUUUGACGAACUGAACGAACAUACGAACUUCAGUCGAAAAGAGCUCAACGAAUUUAUGAUAACAGAUAACUUUUUGUGAAAAAAUUGAGUGUAAUGAGUGUCUUCUGUAUUCUACGCUGCAUAGGUAGUUGCCGCAUUGUUUCAGCGAAGUGUUUUGGGUGUUUGUCAAUUGUACGCUUAACCGUGGUGUUGCAAACCGUUUGCUGAAUUUAUGUUUUUGUUCUAUUGAUGUUGAAGUCAUGUUGAUGCUAUAAGAAAAAAUCGUCGUUG